GUUCUGCAGUACACAGGGCUGAAGCACAUUCCUGCUUUGCAAGGCUUUCUGUUGGAUGUAUUGUGGCUUUUGUUUGGAUUGCCGCAUGCAGAAUUACAGCCGUUCAGAGGAGACUCAUUACAACUCCUGCUGAAGCUCCUAAUCUUCUUCCCUUCUCUUCUGCCCUUUCCCCUUACCCUCACUUGGCCUGAAGACGUUGUCCCCAGAGUUUUGCCUUACUCCCUUGGUGCUAUGUGUAUGGUGAACCUGGCACUAUGGCCACAUCUGGGACUGGCCAGACAACUGCUGCUGGCUCUCUAUUUCAAGAAGGAUUUAAAGGGGAAUUGCACUGCAGGGAAUGCACCAGAGCAGCAGCAUCGGGAGCUUGAGGACUAAGGCUCCUCUGGCAUUAUUACACACAUGCAAAGCUGACCGCAAUGACAACAGCUGCUCCUUUGAACUGUUGGCAGCAGCCAAGCGGCAGCAUGAAGUGAUACAUCACUCCUGAGCUCAAGAUGAACUCCACCUUGGAUGGUAAUCAGAGCAGCCACCCCUUUUGCCUCUUGGCAUUUGGCUAUUUGGAAACUAUCAAUUUUUGCCUUUUGGAAGUGCUGAUUAUUGUCUUUCUAACUGUAUUGAUUAUUUCUGGCAACAUCAUUGUGAUUUUUGUAUUUCACUGUGCACCUUUGUUGAACCAUCACACUACAAGUUAUUUUAUCCAGACUAUGGCGUAUGCUGACCUUUUUGUUGGGGUGAGCUGCCUGGUCCCUUCUUUAUCACUCCUCCACUACCCUCUUCCAGUAGAGGAGUCUUUGACUUGCCAGCUAUUUGGUUUUGUAGUAUCAGUUCUGAAGAGUGUCUCCAUGGCUUCUCUGGCCUGUAUCAGCAUCGAUAGAUACAUUGCCAUUACUAAACCUUUAACCUAUAAUAGUCUGGUUACGCCCUGGAGACUUCGCCUGUGUAUUUUCCUGAUUUGGCUAUACUCAACCCUGGUCUUUCUGCCUUCCUUUUUCCACUGGGGAAAACCUGGAUAUCACGGAGAUGUGUUUCAGUGGUGUGCGGAAUCCUGGCACACCGACCCUUAUUUCACCCUGUUGAUCGUGAUGAUGUUAUAUGCCCCAGCAGCCCUUAUUGUCUGCUUCACCUAUUACAACAUCUUCCGCAUCUGCCAACAGCACACAAAGGAAAUCAGCGAAAGGCAAGCCCGCUUCAGCAGCCAGAGUGGGGAGACUGGGGAAGUGCAGGCCUGUCCUGAUAAGCGCUAUGCCAUGGUCCUGUUCCGAAUCACUAGCGUAUUUUACAUCCUUUGGUUGCCAUAUAUCAUCUACUUCUUGUUGGAAAGUUCUACUGGCCACACCAACCGCUUCGCAUCCUUCUUGACCACCUGGCUUGCUAUUAGUAACAGUUUCUGCAACUGUGUCAUUUAUAGUCUCUCCAACAGUGUCUUCCAAAGGGGACUAAAGCGCCUUUCAGGGGCUAUGUGUACUUCCUGUGCAAGUCAGACCACUGCAAAGGACCCUUACACAGUUAGGAGAAAAGGCCCUCUUAAUGGAUGUCAUGUCUGAAGUGACUCAGAUACUGGGUCACUCUGUGUGUAUGCAUUUUUUCCUUUUUAUCUCUAAGUAUUCCUAGUGAACUAGGAAAUCUGGAACAAAAUAAUCUGACUCUAAGCACUAGCAAACAAAUGAUCCAUCCAAGAACCUUUUAAGUUUGCAGGAAUUAUUUUCAAAAGUGCUUUUGAAUUAGAAGACUUAAGAUCAUGAAGAUAAGUUGCUCUUGGUUUCAGUUUUUGGAAUGUCAUGGAAAUGACUACAAUUCUCAGAUUUAAAAUGAAUAAAGCCAUAUCUAACACCUCUCUACAGCUGGCAUGACUGAACCUGGGUGUGAAAAGUGUCAGCAUUUUAAAAAGUCAUCAUUAUCUUGUCACUUUCUAGAUUCUUUUCAGCUACUUGGGCAUCAUGUGCAAUUGAUUUCUUUUAACAGGGAAUAUUAA